AUGGAAAUCGACUGCUUGUAUAAACCUCUAUUUACAACAAUAUCAAGAACACAAUCACUUUCAACAGAUGUCAGAGGAAGAAACGAUCAAGAUAAUAAAACUUCAGGUUCGGAAGUAAACUCAGUGCACUCCUGUUCUGUAGAAUUUUUCGAUGUCAACACAUUUUUUGAUGAAUGCAUACAGAAAGACACAGGGAUAAAUAUUGGCAACCGAGACUUUACUGACAAUACUGGAAUCCCUGCAAUUGCUCUUACAUCUAAUUGUGAUUCUGCUACCAAUUCUAAUUCGUCUGGUAAAGAAACAUCCAUCUUAAGUUCUGCUCCUUCGGAGUCAACGGAAUCAGAUAUUUCUCUGAAUAUAACCUUUACGUUGAAAUCACCAUUAAAUGAAAUGCCUAGCGUAGAAAGCAUCCAAAGUUUGAUUAAAUUUGCAAAAAAUUCAAUGGACCCAAAAACUUUAUUUCAGUGCAUUCAAAAAAUGCUAGUUGUUGUUUGUUGGAUUAAUAUGAACCCAAGUAAUUACAAUAAAAAUUCACUAAAUAAAUCGCUGAUUAGAACUCUAAAAAGAAAUUUGAAGUUUUUAAUUGCAAGAAAGUAUAAAGAUGCAGGGUACAUUUUGGCAGAUGCGUAUUCAUCAGGUUUAUUUGGAUCAGUAGACAAUAAAAAAGCAUUUAUUCUAUUUCGAAAUGCUUCCCAAUUAGGUCACAUUGAAGCUACCUUUAGAACAGCGUACUGUUAUGAAAGAGGCUUGGGUGUUGAAGCAUCCUCUUGGAAAGCUUUGAAAUAUUUGGAAUAUGCGGCAAAACAAAAGCAUCAGAUAGCUAUGUUUAAACUUGGUAUGGCUUACUACUAUGAAAAGUUAGGUGCGCCUAAAAACGAUGUAACAAAACUUUCCGGUGUGACAUGGUUAACUAGAGCUGUCGAUUGUUCAGAUAAUGUCAUUUGUGAUGCACCUUAUGAAUUAGGAAAAAUUUAUGCCACGGGGUAUAAAGAUCUAAUAUUGAAAGAUACUUUAUAUUCUGAACUGUUAUUUAGGAAAGCAGAGAUGUUGGGGUACUCUUCCAGUAAAGGCUCAGCUGCGGAUUUCAUUGGGUAA